AUUCCAUUUGUCAAUUGUCAUAUAUCAGCUGAUUCCUGAUUGAGCAAUGUAAAGUAAAUUUUUUGGUUGGAAUCUCAAUUUUUUUACAAAAGCAAAAAUGCGAACAAUAAGUUUAAUUAAAAAUAAAUACAUUUUCCUAGAAAGUAUUAUGAAAUCAGAAACUAAUCAUUCAUCCAUAAUAAGACCAAACAAUGAUCUCUUCAACAGAAAAUUAUUCAUCAGCAAAACGAAUUUUCAAAACGUUUGUUGGAAAUGUGGAAUUGAACAAGGCAUUAGUAGUUUAUUUUGCGAUAAAUGCAAUGCACUACAACAUCCAAAAGAAAAGGAAAAUCUGUUUAAAGUAUUAUCAAUGGAAGAGGACUUCAAAAUGGAUGAGGGGGCUCUAAAGAAUAAAUUCAGGAAAAUGCAGUCACUGAUUCAUCCUGACAAGUUCAGCAACAGGAGCUCUGCAGAACAGUCAAUCUCUGAAGAAUAUUCAUCAUUGAUAAAUAAAGCUUACAAUAUAUUGCAAACCCCACUGAAGAGGGCAGAACACUUGCUUGAACUAAAAGGUCAAAAACUUGAUGAAAAUGAUAAAAUAGAUGAUCCAGAGUUUCUUAUGGAAAUGAUGUCUUUGAAUGAAGAGGUUGAAGAAGCUGGAGACAACAAGCAACUGUUGAAAAACUUAUUUGAGAAGAACAAAUGUGUAAUAGAUCAGCUAGAGAAAGAAAUUGAAGAUAAUUUUAGGUCAAACAGUAUUGAGAAGACAAAGAAGAAUGUAAUAAAAUUAAAAUAUUUCAUUAGCAUUCAUAAUAAAAUAAAUAAGAUUCUGAGAGAAUUAGGUGUUACAGACUAAUUUACAAAAAUAUAUAACUAUACAAAAGUGUUUUUAUGGAGACUUUGAUAUUGUUAGAAGAUUUAAAAAUAUAUAUGUUGCA